GUUAUCAUCUUUAGAGGGAGACGGAGGAAGAAAGUAGUUGGACCACCAAAAAUGGCCUGCUCUGCAACUCCCUGUACUCUCAUGCUAUCCCACGGCGCUUCCUCUCUUCUUCCCCAACACCUCACCCCCUCUUUCUCCUUCAAACCCAAACCAUGCUUCUUCAACUUCUCCAACACUUUCUCUCUCUACCCACUUCUUUUACAUUUCACACACACAAAAUCCAACAAUUGGAUUGAUGUUUCUUCACCCAAUUCCCCAGUUGUUGUGGCUGCUUUGGCUGUUGAAGUAGAGGUAGCAGAAGAAACCGAACAACUCCAAGAGGGUGUUGUGGAAAGUGGUGUUGUUGUUACCCCAACUAAGCCCAAGAAAGGCAAAGCUGCAUUGCCUCUCAAGAGUGACAGAAGAAGGUCUAAGAGAUUCUUGGAAAUUCAAAAAUUGAAGGAAAACAAGAAAGAGAAUGACUUAAAAACAGCAAUAUCAUUGCUUAAGCAAAUGGCAAGCACAAAGUUUGUCGAAACAGCUGAAGCUCAUUUCCUUCUCAACAUUGACCCAAGAUACAAUGAUCAACAGCUGAGGGCAACAGUGAAUUUACCCAACGGAACUGGACUGACGGUUAGAGUGGCUGUUCUCACUCAAGGUGAGAAGUUCGAUGAAGCUAAAAAUGCAGGAGCUGAUCUGGUUGGUGGAGAGGAGUUGAUAGGCCAGAUAAAAGGAGGAUUCAUGGAAUUUGAUAAAUUAAUUGCUACUCCAGAUAUGAUGCCCAAGGUUGCCCAAGUAGGAAAGAUUUUGGGUCCUCGUGUACUCAUGCCAAAUCCAAAAGCUGGUACUGUUACAACUAAUUAUCUCAGACUUCUGAGGUGA